ACGAAACAGAACCGGUCUUACCUUUUCCGGAAAAUAAUAUUUUUGUUCAAUGUGGGAAAGACAUAAAAGCAGAAAUUGGAAACCUCUCGUAUCAAGGAAAAGAAGGACGUAACUAUCUAUGCAUCUGGAGAAUUACGGUCGAAUACGGCAAAGUGAUUGCUUUCAAUCUAACAAAUAUAUCCAUAAGCUACACAGAGAACUGGCUGCGUCUUCUGGAUGGAAGCGAUUGUGGUGCACCGGUCGUCUAUUUCGUAUCCGGAGAUUCAGAAAACAGUCUCGUAUCACUGACUUCUACCUCAAAUACAAUGAUGGUCAUAUAUAAUGCAAUAAGUGAGGGGGAAAAAGAUACAUUUGAGGCCACCUAUAAAAUGGUGUCUGCGCCACCUGACACCACACCGGAAGUGUCUGCGCACCCUGACACUACACCGGAAGUGUCUGCGCCCCCUGGCACUACAUCGGAAGCUGGUUCAAAAUUGAUACCUAUGGCGGCCACAAAUCUGUUGCUCAUUACGGCGGCACGGAGUUAUGCUUUACGCUGAAAACUUUACGAUUGGAAGCAUUUUAUCUCUUCGUUUUAAAACUCCAGGUGGCUGGCAUUCAGCUGCAAACAUUUUUUAUUUUUUUAUGUAAUGCAUGUAAUCCUGUUUCAAACUAAAAUAUGUCCUGUCAUCAAAUCCAAUUGCCGCUUUUAUUUGUUUUCUUAAUUUUAUAUAAUUUAGUACACGCUUAUUAACAGCUAUUCCCAAUUUUGUCCCCGACACAGCCUGUGUAUUUGACAUAUAUUUCAGAAAGUGAGGUGAACUUCCAUGAACUAAACUGAUCGAAGCUUUGCUCUACAUACUGCUUGCCUUUUUAUAAUUCGAGAUGCAGUUUCUUAAUACUUGCUUGCCAAGGUACAGUUGGUGCUUUCGCAAUUCGCUGAAGCGGCACAUUAUUGUUUAUUGACAUAUGUAACUCUAUAUUUUGCUGCAAUCUUGUUUGAUAAUUCGCUUAUAUCUACACUUAUAUUUAUUAGUGAGCUUCCACAGUCGGUUGAUGCGGGAUACUUAUUUCAGUCUUCUUUCUUCUUUCGAAAUCCAUUUGCAAUGGACCAAACUGGUUUCUUUAUGUUACUGCAUACCUUAUUGAAUUAUUUUGUGUAGCUUGUCCCAGAUGAAGUCAAUAACAUAAAUGGUUAUCAUUAA